AUGUCGAAUUUGGGAACAGAGUCCAAGGACGACUCUUUGAAUAGAAUGGAAAAGCAGCAAACUUCAUCCUCUUUCGAUCGGGAUUCGGUUCAAGAAUAUACCGGUUUUCAUGCUGAGGAUAUCCAACAAUUGGCAAGAACAUACACUAAUGAAGACACCAGUUCAGCCGCCGGUUUGAAAAGAUAUUUAACCCACAUGUCACAAGUACCUGGAGUAAAUCCAGUUGAAGAAGAAAGUGCCGAUGAAAGGUUAGAUCCUAAUUCGGACAGCUUUGACGCCAAGUUUUGGGUCAAGAAUAUGAGGAAAUUAUUCGAAAACAAUCCUGACUAUUACAAACCUUCUAAGUUGGGUGUUGGAUACCGAAAUUUGAGGGCAUAUGGUACAGCAAACGAUACUGAUUAUCAACCAACAGUCACAAAUGCACUUUGGAAGCUUGCCACGGAAGCCUUGGGACACGUAAGAAAGGAAGAUGAGUCUAAGAUGUUCAACAUCUUGAAACACAUGGAUGCUAUUAUGAGACCCGGUGAGCUUACUGUUGUGUUGGGUAGACCAGGUGCCGGUUGUUCUACAUUGUUGAAGACGAUUGCUGUCAACACAUAUGGUUUUCAUCUUGGUAAGGAAUCAAAGAUCACCUAUGACGGAUUAACACAGAAGGACAUUUCUAAGCACUAUCGUGGAGAUAUAAUUUACUCAGCUGAAACUGAUGUUCAUUUUCCACACUUGUCGGUUGGAGAUACUUUACAGUUUGCAGCCAAAUUGAGAACUCCACAAAAUAGAGGUGAAAAUGUUGACAGGGAAAAGUAUGCCGAGCAUAUGGCUGAUGUGUACAUGGCCACCUAUGGUUUAUUGCAUACCAGGAAUACAAAUGUCGGUAAUGAUUUUGUCAGAGGUGUUUCAGGUGGUGAAAGAAAGAGAGUGUCAAUCGCAGAAGCAUCAUUGAAUGGAGCUAAUAUUCAAUGUUGGGAUAAUGCCACAAGAGGUUUGGAUUCCGCCACAGCUUUGGAGUUUAUCAGAGCUUUGAAAACAUCUGCAACUAUAUUAGAUACCACACCAUUGAUUGCCAUCUAUCAAUGUUCGCAAGAUGCAUACGAUUUGUUUGACAAGGUUGUUGUAUUGUAUGAAGGUUACCAAAUCUUCUUUGGCCGCGCAGACAAAGCCAAGGAAUUUUUCAUCAACAUGGGAUGGGACUGUCCACAAAGACAAACCACUGCCGAUUUCUUGACUUCGUUGACAAACCCAGCAGAAAGACAGGCACGUCCAGGGUUUGAAGACAAAGUACCUCGUACUGCCGAAGAGUUUGAAGCAAGAUGGAAAAACUCACCAGAGUAUGCUUCGUUGAUCAAGGAAAUAGACGAAUACUUCGUUGAGUGCGAGACACUGAAAACCAAAGAGUUAUACCACGAAUCUCAUGUUGCAAGACAAUCAAAUCACAUAAAUCCUGGUUCACCUUACACCGUUUCAUUCACCAUGCAAGUAAGGGCACUAAUGUACAGGAAUUGGUUGCGUACUAAAGGUGACCCAUCAAUUACGAUUUUUUCCAUUUUCGGUCAAUUGGUAAUGGGUCUUAUAUUAUCGUCGGUGUUUUAUAACAUGUCUCAAGACACUGGUUCAUUCUAUUUCCGUGGUGCUUCUAUGUUCUUUGCUGUGUUGUUCAACGCAUUUGCGUCGCUUUUGGAGAUUUUGUCACUUUUUGAUGCUAGACCUAUAGUUGAAAAGCACAAGAAAUACGCCCUUUAUCGUCCAUCAGCUGAUGCUCUAGCGAGUAUUAUCACUGAGUUACCCACCAAGCUUAUGAUGUCCAUGUCGUUUAAUUUUGUUUUCUACUUUAUGGUGAAUUUCAGAAGAAACCCAGGACGGUUUUUCUUUUAUUGGCUCAUGUGUUUGUGGUGUACUUUGGUGAUGUCACAUUUGUUUAGAUCAAUUGGUGCGGUGUCAACAUCGAUUGCUGGCGCCAUGACCCCAGCCACUGUGUUGUUGUUAGCGAUGGUUAUCUUUACUGGUUUUGUUAUUCCAACCCCAAAAAUGUUGGGUUGGUCCAGGUGGAUCAACUAUAUUAACCCUGUGGGAUAUGUUUUUGAAUCGUUGAUGGUGAAUGAGUUCCAUGAUCGUGAAUUCGCGUGCGCACAAUAUGUUCCAGCUGGUCCUAGCUACCAAAAUAUCGCACAAGCGAAUAGAGCAUGCUCAGCUGUUGGAUCGAGGCCAGGAAGUGAUGUUGUCAAUGGUACGGACUACCUUAGAUUGUCUUAUGAAUACUAUAAUGCCCACAAAUGGAGAAAUCUUGGUAUUACUAUUGGAUUUGCAGUGUUUUUCUUGUUUGUCUAUAUUGCUCUUACAGAAUUCAACAAAGGAGCUAUGCAAAAAGGUGAAAUAGUUUUGUUUUUGAGAGGCUCUUUGAAGAAGCAAAAGAAGAAGAGAUUAGCUCAAGCUCAUGACUCUGAGUAUGGUGGUAUGCCCAACGAGAAGGUGUCUCGUGAAGCUGCCACGGAAGCAGCAAAAUUUGAAAAAGGGGCUAGUGAUAGUGCCGUAACAGAUGAAGGAUCAGUUGGAUCUAUUGAGUUGCCAAGCAAUAGGGAGAUUUUCUUUUGGAAGGAUUUGACGUACCAGGUCAAAAUCAAAAAAGAGGACAGAGUCAUCUUGGAUCAUGUUGAUGGAUGGGUCAAGCCUGGACAGAUUACGGCAUUGAUGGGAGCUUCUGGUGCCGGUAAGACAACCUUGUUGAACUGUUUGUCAGAAAGAGUUACCACUGGUGUAAUUACUGAUGGUACGAGAUUGGUUAAUGGACACUCCCUCGACUCGUCAUUCCAAAGGUCGAUUGGAUAUGUUCAACAACAGGACUUGCAUUUGCCGACAUCGACCGUUAGAGAAGCAUUACAGUUUUCUGCAUACUUGAGACAAUCGAACAAGAUUUCCAAGAAGGAAAAAGACGCGUAUGUUGAUUACGUUAUUGACUUAUUGGAAAUGACAGAUUAUGGUGAUGCUUUGGUUGGUGUUGCCGGAGAAGGAUUGAAUGUUGAACAAAGAAAGCGUUUGACCAUCGGAGUUGAGUUGGUUGCUAAACCCAAGUUGUUGUUAUUCCUUGAUGAGCCUACUUCUGGUUUAGAUUCGCAAACAGCAUGGUCGAUUUGUAAAUUGAUGAGAAAAUUGGCAGAUCAUGGACAAGCUAUUUUGUGUACUAUCCAUCAACCAUCUGCACUUUUGAUGCAAGAAUUUGAUCGUUUAUUGUUUUUGCAGAAAGGAGGACAAACUGUGUACUUUGGCGAUUUGGGAAAAGAUUUCAAAACGUUAAUCAACUACUUUGAAAAGAAUGGUGCUGAUCCUUGUCCGCCAGAGGCGAACCCAGCUGAAUGGAUGUUGCAAGUUGUUGGAGCUGCACCGGGUUCCCAUGCCAAACACAAUUAUUUUGAAGUAUGGAGAAACUCACAGGAAUACCAAGAUGUGAGAAAAGAGAUUGCCAAUAUGGAAACUGAGUUGUCAAAGUUACCAAGAGAUGACGAUCCUGAAGCUAAGUAUACAUAUGCUGCCCCUCUCUGGAAGCAAUACUUGAUUGUGACUUGGAGAACAAUUGUUCAGAAAUGGAGAUCACCGGGAUACAUAUAUGCAAAGGUGUUUUUGGUCGUUUCUUCUUCAUUAUUCAAUGGGUUCUCAUUCUUUAAAGCAGACAGAUCAAUGCAAGGUUUGCAAAAUCAAAUGUUCUCUAUUUUCAUGUUUUUCAUCCCAUUCAAUACCAUUGUCCAGCAAUUGCUUCCACAAUUUAUAAAGCAAAGGGAUGUUUACGAAGUUAGAGAGGCUCCAUCGAGAACUUUCAAUUGGUUUGCAUUCAUAACUGCCCAGCUUACAUCGGAAAUGCCAUACCAAAUUAUUGUGGGAACUUUGGCGUUUUUGUGUUGGUACUAUCCCGUCGGAUUGUACAACAAUGCCGUUCCAACAGAUUCAGUUGAUCAAAGAGGUGUUCUUAUGUGGCUUUUCAUCACCAGUUUUUAUGUAUACACAAGUACCAUGGGUCUUUUGUGUAUAUCAUUCAUUGAGCUCGCUGAUAAUGCUGCCAAUCUUGCCACACUUUUAUUUACGAUGUGUUUGAACUUUUGCGGUGUGCUUAAAACCGGAGAACAACUUCCAGGAUUUUGGAUCUUUAUGUACCGUGCAAAUCCCUUCACUUAUUUGGUUCAAGGUAUGUUAGCUACAGGGUUGGCUAAUACAUCAGUUCAAUGUGACAAUGCUGAGUUGUUGACAAUUAAUCCACCUAGUGGACAAUCAUGUUCAUCAUUUUUGCAAGACUAUCUCCAACAAGCUGGUGGCUAUAUUGUUGAUUCUAAUGGGUGUCAAUUUUGUCAAAUCAAAGACACCAAUACAUUUUUAGAAUCGGUUAAUGCAAGGUACAGCGAAAGAUGGAGAAACUUUGGUUUAGUCAUUUGUUUUAUUGCCAUCAACAUUGUGUUGACGGGAUUUUUUUACUGGUUGGCUAGAGUUCCAAAGGGAAAUAGAGAGAAGGAGGAUAAGAAGAAGAAUGAAAAGUAG